AAGCCACACACACAGGGGAGCUUUUAACAAAGUGAACAUAAUACCUGUCGCUGUGUCAAAGCUGAAUCAAAGCGUCAAGCUAAGUUUCUUUGCUAGCAAGCCUUUGCAUCAAAGCCCCUUGUCCCAGACAGCCUGGAUAAAGCCUUUGAACUCUUCUCAGUCCAUGUUGACAGAUCACAAAAUCCUCGCAUCUUCAAGUUUGAGAAAAUGUGUCCAAAUCUCAAUUUACACCAAGAACAUUUUAAAGAACUGCAGUUCUGAAUGGCUCCACUGACUGGCUGAACGUAAACACACCACUACGUACGUGUACGUGCACGCUACACGAGUGGCGUCAGCACGCAGUGGGGAAGAUGUCUUCCGUGCGCGCGCACGCUGCUCGGUCCACACAGCUGCCAGAGAAAUGGUAAAGUGACUGAUACCGCUCGCUUAAAGUUAUCCGUUUCGGCGUGUAAGUUUUUAAAACUCCUCGUUUUAUUCCGGAGGACUUUCAGCCAUGUUGUAUGUGUGAAUACUUGUGUAUUCUUUGCCACCAAGGACGGCGGCUAGCAACACCGCGUAGGAGGAGCCUGCGGCUUGUUUCCGCUAACAGCAGGCCGAUUUCUAAUCGAAGUCAUCAAUGCUGCUCUUCUGACAAUUUGUCAACAGCAGUGAGGAUCUUGUCCGCGUUUUCAGACACUUUUACGUGUGGGGAAACAUCGCGGGCGAAGCGAGGUGAGGUUGUUGACAGUGGGACAAGAAGGCGCGACAGCUGGACUGUCAGCAAUGGAAGCCGAGUUUCAGGAAAUCGAUGAUAACGGGAUCUGGAGCGCCAUUUAUCAGGAGAUCCGUCAGCAGUCAUGCGAACUACCCUGCAAGGUUGCCAAACUACCAGAAAACAAGAGUCGGAACCGCUACCGAGAUGUUAGCCCAUUUGACCACAGCAGAAUAUGUCUGCAGCUGAGUGCCAAUGACUACAUUAACGCCAGCGUAAUAACAGUAGAAGAGGCGCAUAGGGAAUAUAUCCUAACUCAGGGACCCCUACCAAAUACGUGUGGGCAUUUCUGGGAGAUGGUGUGGGAGCAGCGGAGUCGCGGUGUGGUGAUGCUGAACAGAGUAAUCGAGAAAGGAUCAGUUAAAUGCGCACAAUAUUGGCCUCACCGAGAAGAGGGAGAUGCUGUCUUUGAAGAUACCAAUUUCAAACUUACUUUUGUAUCUGAAGACAUCAAAUCUUAUUACACAGUUCGUCAUCUCGAGCUGGAAAAUAUGUCUACAAUGGAGACACGAGAAAUUUUACAUUUCCACUACACCACCUGGCCCGACUUUGGAGUGCCAGAGUCUCCUGCGUCCUUCCUUAAUUUCUUGUUUAAAGUGCAAGAGUCAGGUUGUAUGAAUUUGGACCAGGGGCCAGUAGUGGUGCACUGCAGUGCUGGCAUUGGACGUUCUGGAACUUUCUGCCUCGUAGACACAUGCCUUUUAUUGAUGUCCAUUCGCAAGGACCCGUCCUCGGUCCGUAUUCGCGAUGUUCUACUGGAGAUGCGACGCCAUCGUAUGGGCUUAAUCCAGACUGCAGAUCAACUUCGCUUCUCCUACCUUGCUGUCAUCGAAGGUGCCAAAUACAUCAAGGGGAACAUGUCUUUGCAGGAAUCAUGGAGGGAGUUUGCAAACGAGGAGGAUGAUCCCCCUGACUUCACCCCUCCGCCUCCCCUCCUCCCUCCAAGAGACCCUCAAAAUGGCAAAAUUGAAUCAUUUCUUCCUGAGAAGGAUCAGAUUAUCCAACUGAGUGAAAUCCACAGCCUGGGGUCAUCUCCAGACUCAGAGCUGCGGAAAAGAACCAUUCCUCCUGCUGGUGAAGGUCAGUUUGAUGCUCACAUGAAAGUCCAAGAUCCAACCUCCAAAUCCGAAAGCGAUGCUCAGCUGCAGCAAGAGUAUCAUGACGUGGCGGAGGCAGUCGAGCAGAUAGUGGAAACCUCUCCAGCCCCUGAGAAUUGGUCACCGCUACUUGCCAAUGUGUGCCUGUGCACAGCGCUGGCACUGAGCGCUUACGUCUGUUAUCGAGCCAUUUACCACUGAUGUCUGUGACUUCCCCUGCCAUCACCACUGUUGGUGCAAAGCAGCAUAGCCUGGUCAAACAAGCUUCUCAGACUGCCAGUGAGUGGAUUGCUGGAACUUCUCAAAAUAUACCCCAGAUUCAUGGAAAGAGCCGACAGCCAAUUCUUAUCACCCACUUUUCCUAACUCUAACCCUUUUCAAGGUGUCACGUCCCAGAUACGUAUGUCAACUUAAACACAAUACGAGGCGUUCCACAAAGGGCUUUAGAUAAGAGUGCAUUGAGAAGCAAAAUCCAAAAAACGCUACAACUAUGGGACCAUAAACACUAUUUUUACUGCCCACUCAGUUUAUGAGUGAGAUUGAAAGCUUCUCAGGCAUUAAUGUGUGAUUAUUGGAUGCAGCGCUUAACAUUAAGUAAGAGGUUGCAAGAGCCUGUUUGUUAUAAUUGUUAACCAAGAACGCACUCUGUGUACCGCUGAAAAGUAAGCUGACAAGACACAGUCUGCAGCAGAUCAUACAUAACUUUUUCUAUUACUGCAUAAAAUAAAAGUAAUGAUCUUUACAUGGCUGAGCAGAAACUGUUUAGCUGUUUGUUAGCGUUGUUAACCAAGAACGCACUAAUGUGUGUACCGCUGAAAAGUUAGCUGACAAGACAACAAAGUCCGCAGCAGAUCAUACAUAACUUUUUAUUAUUAGAUAAAAUAAAAGUAAUGAUCUUUACUAGGCUGAACAGAAACUGUUUAGCUUAUCUCCAUGGCUGGUUUUGUUCUUGCCAAUAAAUGACACACAAUUAAACUUCUUAUAACUAACAUUGCAGCAGUAAUCGCAGCCACUGAUCACACAUUUUGCAGAGAAGACAAAGUUUCGAAUCCCACAAGUUAAACAUGUGCCGCUAUGAAAAUAAGCAGCUUCAACGUACAGUCAAGGCCCAACAUUUUAGGAGUCACAAAAAUGAUGGACAUCGGCUACAUUACAGCCUCAUUUUUCAUGUUUGUGAUCCCCAUAAGUGAAUGUUUGUUAUAUUCAGUAUAUAACAGACAUUUUUCCUAAAACAAAAUACAAAGGUAGCAGAGUUAUUAAAACACCAAAAAAGUCACGGCAAUGACCAUACGUUGAAGUUCAGUAACAACGUGAAAUUAAACUAGAAUGUCUGGGUUUUCCAACAGAUGGCUCCUGUGAUAACUAGGGAUGUUCCGAUCAUCCAUGAGUGAGAUCGGCCAAUACCAACGUAUUAACUUUAAAUGUUUUUAUUUAUUCAUGGUGAGUGCUAUUGACAGUUUAACAAUAUCAAUAUGUUCAGCCUCAUCCUCCAGUGAUUAACUUAAGAUAAAAAAAACAGUUUAUUUAUCGUAAUAAAGGUGAUUAUUAUUAUUAGCUUAGAGGAGUACCGCCACACUGUGUUGGAGUCACACAAUUAGUUGCGAGCCGCUUGUCAGCCGGGGGACUAAAAAUGAAUAGUGUCGCCAAAAGGGAUCGGUGUUUGUGAUCAGCAAUAAAAUGCAUUCAUUGGCAAUGGCAAUCACAUACUUUUUCAUGAAAAUCAUCUGAUAUUGAUUGGUGGUCGAUCGGCACAUCCCAAGUAGUAACAGUAGAAUCCACGUGUUACUGGGUAAGAGGACCAGGUAGAUUUGUAUGUUAUUAGGAUAUAUUUCCGCAGCGAUGACACAAUGAUCAGUUCAACGGGAGAAUUGACAGCAUUCACAGAUGGCCGCCCUGUAGUAUUAAUCUAAUAGAACACCAUGUCAAUGUUCUGUUCUGAAGCCACAAACCUCUUUCCCUAAUGUAAUCUAAGCCACCAGAAGUCUCCCUACCUGUACCACACCAUAGUCUCAGUCAUGUGAUCAACCGACGCUGCCUAAGGGCCUCCUAAUGAUACAUACAAUAUAGUAGGACGUAUCUCCUAUUUUACCUCCAGUUUUCUUUACUUCCCCAACCAAAUUGGUAUAAUCAAGUGUCAGAUUGUCUGAACAUAUGCCAGAUGGAAAGAGACUCCACAUGUAUCAUUUUUUGUGCGCCAACAGUAACGUUAAAUAUGCAAAAGUGUGAGGGAAGCGCCCCUGCGCUCAUUAGAUAAGAGAUUAAUACUGAGGUGGCCACUGACUUAUCAGUCGUCAUUAGUGGCCCACGGCAGGCUACACGUUGGCCUCACACAACACGUGUGUGUCAGUGUUACGUUUGUGUUGGUAUUGGACCCACUAAUGAUUGAGUGAAAUCAUCUUAUCAAGAAAUAUUAUCAAAGGAAAACAUAUUAGAUGCAAACCAGGCUUCCUCCUGGUUCUUAAUUCCCUCAGCGUAUUCUCUCCCCUGUAUCUCAACAGUGCAAAUAUUUCCAUUGGAGGACAAACUGGUCAAUGGGGAGAUUUCUAUUUUCCCUGGCCUUGUCUAAAUGUCAAAUUUUGUGACUUACUAAAAGUUUUAUGGGUGUAAGUCUUGGCUGUCACAUGGAAGCUCCAAGGCAUCCAUCCAGCUGAGUGAUACUGGAUGCAAACACACAUCAAAGUAGCUGAGAGACUAUUCACUAGCAAUACAAACACGUCAAAUUGUUUCGCCUUUUAAACAUGGAACCAGGGAUUAUGAACAAAGUCAAACACCAGCACAUGUCGGGAUGAAAACAAUACACUGUAGUGGUAAAAUGGCAUCGCCCUAAGAUGGACAUGUUGUUUGGAAUUAUUGAAGUUGUCUUUUAGCAUGCUGCAUUUGUUCGACAAGAUUCGUUCUGCUGCUAAUGAGUUGGACAGCUGUAUACUUUUUUUGUUAAGAAUGUAUAAUUGUCCUAUUGAAGGAUGCACUCUUACUAGAUAUAUCUAUGUACAGUAUAUCUUAAAUCAGGUUUUUAGUGUGCUGAAUCUUUUGUUGUGGUUCUGCUUGAUUAAUGGAUUCCAUUCAAUCUCACAAUCGCAAGUCCUCCCGUUUUCUAUGCUGAGCUUACAAAUGUGUAUUUUUUUAUUUGUGUUUGUUUGCCUUUUCAAAUAAAGAAAUUUGCUGCAGAA